CCACCGUCGCUCCCCCCGCGAGCCGAUCUCUAUGAUGAGGUUGCAUGGGGACAGCAUGUCACGGAGAAUGAUGCCCGUAUUGCUCAUCGAUUCUGGUCGUGUGCAGAUCAGGUGCUCAGGCAGGAACUCAUACAGCUUGAAGGCAAUGAAAAGCCAUUCUUGUACGCGGAAAACACGGAAGAGAAGGAGGCAAUGCCUAUGCAUGCCUUGGCGCACAAUGUUUACGAGCAUCUGAUGCGGCAGCAUCUGCUACCACCUGAACCAACCGAGUCGGAGACAGCAGGCAUGGAUCACUCGUGGGUUGAUCAUUCAUGGAGCUUUGAGGAGAUCUUCUUGGAGACCGAUGUACCCCGAUGGACUUUUUUCGAACAAAAGGCGCCCCAGCUUCUCAAGUCAAACCAGCUCAAAGCAGCUCUCAACGAACGGGGCCUCGAUGACCGGGGGACCGUAGCUGUACUGCGCGAGCGACUGGAAAAAUAUCAGACAGAAGGACCGAAGUGCUACCGGGCCCUGCGUCGUAGUGACCUCUCCCAUUGGGGCAUUGACAGAACGAAUGUUCGUCGCCAAUUUACAAUCAAUAUCUCUGAGAACGAGGAAGCACGUACACUUGACAUGUACACAUGCGCCAUUCUCCGAAGUCCAUACAAUCCGGCGUACUGGCUGAGUCGAGCUUAUUGCCACUAUCGACACUGCAUAUUUGACCUUGCCUUGGGAGAUGCUUAUCGAGCUCAGCUUCUUAUUGAAGUGCUGGUCAAUCCAUUGAGACGAAACAUGCAACCCGGUCUCUACACCCUGAUCUGGCAUGCAAUUGAGCAUCACAUCAUGGUCGGCGGAAAUGCAACCGAGAUCAAGUGGCUGCGCGCUGGCAAUGGGGUCAAUUAUUUCGUCCCAACCAUGCGAAAGGCACUGCAGAACAUCAUCGGUCUCAGUCUCAUAGCUCUCCAGUGCUGGCAUGAUCGAUUCCACUUCGAGCAAGAUCUGAUGAACAAGGUUAUCAUGAAAGAGCGCGAUGCGCAGCCAUUCAAACGACGACUUAAGGUUAAUAUUAAUUCAUGGGUGAGGGCUCAGGAAGUCAGCAGAGGUGUUUCACGCAAUUAUCUGUACUACGAGCGAUUCAAUGGCUGGAAUCAUGGCGGCCGGCCUUAUCCCUAUGAAGCAGAUGAUACAAUCAGGCUCCCCAGAAUAGGCGAAGGGCUUGCGGAAAAGGCAACAGAGCUUUUUGUGACCAAGAAUACUAGUCUUCCCUGGAAGAAGUGUAAGAUCGCCAUGGAAAGAGAGCAAAGGUACAUGAUGAUAGCGACCGAAGACAUCGCCGAAGAUGAGCUCAUCUGGGUCGAGAUCCCUUCAGCCAGGGGCCACCUCACAACGAAAAGACCUAGACUUCCUGAAGGUCACACUCCGGAGAAAAGAAUGACUUGUGACAAUUGCCAACGAAGACGGCAAUCCGUGAACCCUCUGGACAGAGAGAACAGAAACAGCAAAGAAGCAUGUCCCUGUAUCGACAAGACGCCUCCUCUUAUAUUCUGCCCUGCUCGAGGAGAAGAAGGCGAUGAGACCUGCGCCGAGAACGCCCGGAGACGCUAUCACUUCAAAGCAUGUGGGAAGGAUUGGGAGUGGCUCCACGACGCCAUGCGACCUGUUGUCUAUGACUUCAAUGUCAGGGUACAAUGGCUUUCUCAUUCCAACGAGAAACAUGGCACCGUAUUAAGCCUCCUGCUCCGGGAGAUCUUAGAUAUCACUCUGCUCAGACGGCAGACCAGUCCCGGUCUUCAAGCACACGAGAUCGACGAGCUUCUAGCCCUAGAAGGGCGCGCGGACUGGAAGGAACAGAACUUUCCCUUUUCAUUCGCUGCCAAUAUUCAAGUCCCCUGCGACAUUUUGCUGAAAUUGGGUGUUGAUAUCUUCCGAGACCUCAGUUUGGACACCUGGGUGAUCCAGCUCGUGCUACAGAAACUCCUCGUGAACGCCGUGCCCUGGGACGAGGACUUGCGCUCCAAAACCCCAAGGACCGACAAAACGAAGCGAUACUGGAUCUUUCCCAGACCCAGUACACAAAAGAACUGGCCGGAAGCAAAGUAUGCAGUAUAUGACCCGAGCUGUAGGUUCAUAUACUUGUUCCCGGGUUUCAGCUUUUUCGAUCAUGCUUGCAAGGAAAACACCAAUGCGCAAUGGGGCUACGACACGGAGGUUCCUAAUCGAUUGCUUGUGUGGGCGACCAAGCCGAUCAAGGCUGGGGAAGAGAUUCGCAUCUCGUAUAUCUCGGAUGAAGAUAAAGACGAGAGAGAAUAUGUCCUGCAGCGAGUGUUAGGAAAGCCUUGCAAUUGCCCGGGACCGGAACAUGGCGUACCACAGCAUCCCGAAUCUCCGUAUCCACCGAUUCCUGGACCA